AUCGAAGGCCGCGUACGUUACCUUAUAAACCGUAAACCGAUAUGAGUGCGCAAUACUAAAUAAAUCGGUGCUGACAACACGAUCGCAACAUGGACAUAUUACCGGUGGCUGUUUUUCUCGCCGUUAGUUUAACAAUUUUAACGGACUGCAAUGCUGUGAGUACCUAUACCUAAAUACCUAUACCGUGUUGAAUGCAUUCAGUAUUUUAGAUUCUGAGGGAAACGGAGAAAAUACGAUUACUUUAGUUUUAUACUAAGACGUAGGGGCUAAUUGGAUGCAGGGUGACGGGUGUAAGACGAUUCUCGCCCGGACCCGUAAAAAUUUGGGCCGAUGGAUUAUAAAUUUAAAUUGACAAAAAGUUUGGAUUAAGAAAUAAUACUUUGUUCAGAGUUGCCGGGAUAAUCAUUUGUGUUAUUGUAUAUUACGUAUUUCUUCGCUUUAAUAUUUAAAAUUUUGAGCGGAAUUUUCUGUUUCCUCGGUAUAGACAUGUUUUUUUUUCAUAAGACACUUUGAAUAGUAAAAAUACUUUGAUUUUUUCAUUGUUUUCAAGAUAUAAUAUGGUACGAUAUGAAAGGUAGUCUUUCAAUUUGACGGUAUCUAUUUGGAUUGAAACAUUUUUUGAUUUCUCAACAGUUUUCAUUCUCAUGGGUUCAUUAUCUGGGUUUUUUUUUCGAAAAACAUUUUACAGACAAUAAAAACGGCCCAAAUUUUCCAUGUCUGGCAUUAAAACUAGGGUAAAUCCCCAUACGAGAAUAGGGGAAAGGGACACGGGGAGACACGUUAUUAUUAUUUUCUCUUUGCAAUCAAAUUGUUAAUUCUGUUAUAAAUUCAACUUUUCAAUUCAAAUUUUAUUCCUUUAAUAACCCGUUAAUAGUACUGAGUAUUCCAUAGUUCGAUGAAAAACUGUAACUCAAUUUUUUUGUUCUUAUUUUCAGUACUUGUCUGAAGCAGCUAUUAAAAAAACACAAAAGAUGUUGAAAAGCGUGUGCUCCAAAAAAUUUCCAGUUUCUGAUGGUAACAUAAUAAUAUAAUUUAUAAUAAUUGAUUUAGAUGAUUCCAAUAUUUAAUCGAUUCGGUAAUAUAAUAUAGUCAAUAUUAUUAUAACAUUGAAUCACAUAAUAUGUCCAGAUUGAUUACCGAUGUAGAUUGGCCGAUCAUUGCAUAGCCCAAACUGCUGGGUCUAGAGCCUUGGAAUGUUUUGGAAAGUAAAUUUCUUAAUAGAGGGCUCUCGUAGGCAAUUUUUCUAUUGAAAAAUUAAAUUGUGUUUUAUUUUUGUUUGUGUCUGGUUUUUAAAUAAAAUAAAUCUUCGUCGUUAUUAUAACGUUAAUACUUUUUUUAAACGAAAUUAUAUUCAUGGGGCAUUUGUUUUUUCACGGGUAAGGUUGUGCGGGGUCAGCUAUAAGUGCUAUAAUAUUACAAUAUUAUAUUACUAUUAAAAUAUUAACGAUCAAUAAAAUAUACAUUGUACCUAUAUAGAGACUCUCACCAAAGUCAAGGAAGGUGAAUUCCCCGACGACAACGAUAAUUUAAAAGUAAGACACAAAACAUACAGAAUAUUACAUAUUCUUUAAUUUUUGGUUCGCAUUAAUAAAUUAAGUGUACGAACUAUAUUUUAAAAACUAUAGGUAUGUUAGCGCUGAGCACCAAAUCCGGAUCAACCCGAAUUCAGAUUACCAAUCCGAACUGUAACAAACGUUACAAUUCGUUUAAUUCGAAUUAUGAUUAUCAAUCCGAAUUAAAAUCUAAAUCAUUUAUUUAAAUAAUUAAAUAAAGUAACAUUAUAUCAGUUGAACUAUCUCCAGUAGUCGUAAUUGAUGGCGUCUACUAUCUAGUUUCUACUUUUUUAGAUUAUUUUAAACAAAUUAACGGAUUGGAUUUGAGAACCCGGAUAAAACGGAAUGAUCAGAAAUACGGAUUAUGUAAUAGUAAUUCGGAUUCUGGAUUGGUCAAAAUAUUACUCAGUAGCUAUUUACUUAUAAUACAAAUUAUAAUAUUACCUGUAAUUGUUUUACGGGCAUAACUCGAAAUCGCGGUCAAACUCAAAAAUACAUUAUAUUUACUGAAUGAUUCACUAAGCAUGCUCACUCCAUUUUAGAUUCUAAGUUGAGCGAAGAACGUUAUCGUUUUACAAAGAAGUUUAUUUUUAUUUUUGUUCUGUGGAAAAAUGUUCUACCUGAGAUCUUGCUUUGAUUUUUAUGUGUAGCACUGUGUGUGAUGUGUUUCUGAAAGGAAAUCGGUGUAGGGAGGUACUUUAGAGAGGUCGCUUUUCUCCGGAGUUUUCUCAACAAAUAUGAAAAACCGAAAAAAGGAAAAAUAUAGGUAUUAGUUUAAAAUAUUAUGGCCUUUUUUUUUCCCGUGGACAACUUUUCUACCAGCAAUUUUGCUCCAACUUAAAAUAUUAACAAUUUUUCUAAAAGGAAUUCCGACUGGGUGGGUACUAUAGAGAGAUAUUUUUUCGAUUUCCUCAGGAGUUUUCCCAGCAAAUGUGUAAAACCGGAAAACACAUAGGAAAACCAGAAAAAUCGGUACAAUAUUAUAAGUUCUCAUUUAAAAAACUAAGGUUGGUAUGUCACACUUUCAUUUAAGGAUAUUUCUUAAAUGAUUUAAAAAAAUGUUGGCGUUAACUACACUUAAAAAUUCCAAAAAUCAGAAUUUUAAUACAUGCACAAUUUAACCAAAUGGCGUGAGUUCGCUUAGUGAAUCACUCUGUAUAUCCUACGCCCUCUAAACUCCCGGCCUGGUGCCUACUUAAGUGGCUUACAUCUAUGAUGUGAAGUACGUCCGGCUUGAUUACUUGAUUAGAAUUAUUAUAUUAUAUUAUUUUAGUUCGCCAUAAAAUCAAUUGCAGAUAGUUAUUUAGAAUAAAAACGAAAAAUAUUGUGCUAGAUAGGUGUAUAUGUGAAAAAAUCAAUUUUUGUAGACGUUACUUUUUUUUGCUAAAACAAGGCGUUAAUUUAUUUCGAGGUUUCUGAUAUUUGACAGAUUUCGAGUUUGCCGGGAAUAUAAUACAAAUAUAAAGGUAAUAUAAAGGUGUUUUACACUUUGAAAAUUGAAUGCAAUAAAACCUUGUUUAUUGUUUCAGUGUUAUUUCGGAUGCACUCUAAAAACUAUGCAAAUGGUAAGUGUAUAAUACAUGAGAGUAGUGGUGUUCAAAGCUAUAAAAAUACCCUAUAUCCACAAAAACAUGGUUAAAUUCAUAUUGAAAUUCAACCAAACUUUUAUCACUUCAAUUCGCCUGUAAAAUAACUCCAAGUUUGAGCACAUUUGAUCUAGAGCAAGAUGAUAGACACAGUACAAUAGUCUUUAUGAGAUAUAUGAAGAGUGAGAAUAAGAAAAAUAUAAUAUAGCUGCUGACUUCCCAAUUUCAUGAUGGGAUAAAUGCCAAUGGGGAGAAGAAUAUUUUCAUGAAAGUCUUGACGAUCGUAGGCCAUCAUAAUAAAGCCGUAACAAAAUGUGAACGAACUUUGCAUUUUUUUAAAAUUGUAUCUUAGAAUAUUUCUUCAACGGUUUGAGAAUUGUAUUAUUGUAAUGAGAUUGAAAUAUGUUAUAUUAUACGUCGCAUAAUUUAACCGGAACGAAACGUACCACCUACCUAUAUAACUUUUGUGUUUAAAUGUUAAUCAUAGUUAAUUUUCACUAGGUACCUUGUUGAAAUUCAAUUAAUAUUAUAUAAUAAUACUCUUUUACUAUUAUUGAAUUCGUGAAAUUGUAUAGAUGAUUAUUUUGCAGUAAUAAAAUAAUAAAUUAACUGCAGCAAAACAAAUAAUACGUGAAUCACGUGUUUUAAACGAUUAUUACAUACUCGUCUUAAUUAACAGUAUAGAACAUUGCAGAUGAACAGGCACGUUUCUACGACCGCAUACGUUAAUCGAUCGCAUAAUUAGGAAUUCGUUCGGGGAGAGAGGAUAUUAUUUUGUAUAAUAUCAAUUUCGCUUCAAUUAUAAUAAUCAUCGAAUUUGGUCACUUUUGGUCAUCGAAUUUUUUCACCAGUCGUCGAAGAAACUACAGCAUUUUUACAAAAAGCACCGUUUUGGUUUUAAGCUCGCAAUAUUAUCAUUAUUAACAUAAUAAUAACUUAUAUUUAAAUUCAGUUAGAUGUUUCUAGGAUCAUAAAUUCCGAAGAAAAAAAAAACGGUAGGUAGGUAUUUUGACCCUAGCCUCUUUGUAUUGAUACCUAGUGGUAAGCCGCAUCAUGUGUCUAUAUCUGUUAUAGAAAAGUCAUAAAUUAAUGUUCAAACUUCUUUUUGAAAAAAAUCAAUGGUAUUUUACUAUGUUUUCGUUAUAUAUUUUCAAUUAUGUUUUAACACAAUUUUUAAACUCCGUAAAGUAAAUUUUAUUUUUAAACUUCAAACUUAUUAUCUACGUCUAAGUAGACGUAUUAACGAGACGUUAAACAAAACUGCCGAGACCAUCCCACUAUAACUACAAUGAGGGUGACAGAGACAGCCGUCUGAAACUCUCUGAUAUAGGCUAAGACCACCUUACCAUCAGCAAACUGCAAAAUAUGCAGUAAAUACAAAAUGAUUUUGGCGUUGAAAAUGAUAAUAUAGUUGACAAUCAAACUUGAAUUUAAUUCGAAUUUUAGAAUAUUCCAUCCUAACAACCUAUACGUGAACUUGAAUGCAAUAUUGAAUUUUACAUGGUCAGUUAUUUGCAAAAAAUAAAAUCUUUGAGGAUGGGGGAGAGGGACUUUGCCUCAUAUACUCCUUGUAAUCACGCCACAUACAUGUGUAGUGUAGAAUAAUUCAUCAUUUUUUUUCACUGUAGGUCAACUCCAAAGGAUUUAUUGAAAAGAAACUGUUCAAAGAUAAGAUGACGAUGUUAGCACCACCAAACAUACUUGAAAUAUUGAUACCGCCUAUCGAGGAGUGUACCGAAAAAGGUAUAGUACUAUUAUUGUCGUACCAAUCAAAAACGUAUACUUUUGACGUACAUUUUAUUUUUGUUCAAAAUACUUAUGUCAACAAAUUACUACUAUUUGUAAUAUCGUUUCAGAUCAAGACGAACUCUGUCAAUCCGCGUUUAAUUUGUUCAAGUGUAUGUAUGGUGUUGAUCCCAAAGUAAGUAAAACACGUCAUUGUCAUCAAUAACAAAUAAGUCAAAACAUAUUAAUUAUAAUUAUCGAAUGAAACAAUAAAAAUAAAAAGGUGUUAAUAACUAAUAACUGACGUCUGACAAGAAUAUUAUUUAGUCGAUUUAGAUACAUGAAGAUUUAGCAUUUUUCUUAAUCUAAUGAACUAAGCUAUUUUUCUACCAAUAAUUUAGCUCCGCUCAGAAACUUAAUAUGAAUUUUCUUAUUAAAUAUUUAAUCUAAAAUAAUAUCUAAAUAUUUUUGUUAAUUUCUGGUUUAUCUUGGCGAAAACUAUGACUAAUCGUUUCUAUAUUAUACAUUGGGAGAAUAUUAUUCUCCGCUAUAAUUCCCAAUCUAAAACAGUGGAGCACCCAUAAGCAUUAUCAAAAUUUUUCUCUAAUGAUCUUUUCAGUAUCAGUUUUCAUUUUCAAUUAGAUUUUUAUUUUUUAAAUAUGUACAACUGCUUAUAUCAAAUGAGUACAAUUCAAACGGAAUACUGAAUGCUUUUCCAUUUGUAUACGUAGGUAUAUACUGUUACAAUAUAAUAAUUAUUAUUUAAUUCAUUGGAAUUUGACAUUAAGCAAAGAUUAUUAUAUUAUUAGAACAAUAAUGGAAAUAAUAGAGUAAUAGUUAAUAAAAUGAAUGGUUAUUGCGCAAUUUACUAUAAACCUAGCUGUUAUUGUAAACAUUAUGCUAUGUUAUGCUACUUUGUUCAUAUAUUUUUUAUGUUAUGUUAUGUUCUAUAAUCUAUAAAAAAAAAAAUCUAACACUCUAUCCCAAACACAAGCAUAACUUAAACGAGAAAGAUAAUCAAAAAUAAAAUUAUAUCUUUAAAAAUAUUAUGUACAUAUUCUUUUUUUUCGAUCAAUAAAAAAAAAAAAAAAUAAUAAUAAUAAUAAUAUUAUUUUUGGAUAUUAUCGUGUUGGACUCUGUGUCUUUAGCAAAUUAUAACAGUAAAUAGGUAUACCUAAUGUAAUUAUUAUUGGUCAACCGUCAUAAAUUUAACACAUAAUAAUUAUAGUGUGGGAAUAUUUUUUUUGUUUUAUACCUAAUGCAGAUCAAUACAGAUGACGUAAAAUAAAUAUAAUUUCGUGUCGAGGAGUAGACUUCGGACCAAAGUGUGAAAGUAGUGAAUUGGUAUAAAUAAAUUAAUUGAAACUUUUUAAAAAUAAUUAUAUUAUUAUUUCAUCGUCCAGCGAUGUGCCUGUUUUAAACAUUAGACGUAUAAUAUAGUUUAUUAUGGUAUUUACUCGCUCGUGAUAAAUUAUUGUUUUAUACUCCUUAAAUGUUCUUCCUAUCGGCCGAUUUAUCAAUUGUUGUAAAGUUGCAUUUCAUAUUUUCGUGUCGUCUCGAAAUAUAUAUGGUCCAGACUGUAAUAUUAUUAUUUUCCGUACUAUUGGCACGACAAACUUUUUUUUUGAAAAGCUCGCGUUUCCAUCACCGCUGUAUUUUAGUCGUACAAUUCUGUAUACGACUAAAAUACGCAUGCGACGAAAAUAAAAUAUAUACUGUUCUCAAUACAUGUAAUAAUAAAUACGAAACAUUAGCGAGAAUUUACAACGGCCGACCGUCCCGAAAACGAGAAAGAUACGGGUUUUCUCCACUCUCGUCGUAUCCUACAACAUAAAAUCCUUAUUAUCGAACGGCUAUACCGAUGUAACCGCUGUAAUUACCAUUUCGGACCAUUCAGGUAAAGGCAGGCACUAACCUCGACCGUAUUGACCGCAACGGUCCACAGUCGUAAAACGAUAAAACGUCGUGGCUUUGGAAAUUCUAACGUGUUCCUAAAACUGUACCUACUUUCCAGGCGAUUAAACAUGUGUUUGCAUUUUAUUUUCGAAAUUGAUCGUAUCACAAAAAUUACGUCACCCGAAAAACGUGCCCAGAUAAAAAUUGUGUAAUUCUCAAUCAUAAUCAAUUGCCUCUCAACGAAUUCUUAUACUAAUCGUCUCUCAAAUCGGAAAUCUAAAUUUCACAAAUGAUUCCCCCCCCCCCAAAAAAAAACAAAACAAAAAUUGUUGAAACGUAUCACAGUCAAAUUUCUCAAAAAAUAAAAUUUCUGUAAAACAUUAUUUUUUUUCAACUGCAUAUUUAAUCGCAUAAUUUUGAAAAACCAAAAAAGUAUAGGAAAAACGGAAAGUAAAAUUUUCAAUAUUUUCGAUUUUGUUUUUAUACCAGAAUACUUGCAUCAAAAUUCAAGUGUAACAUCUUUCACGAAAGAAAAUGGUGUCAAGUCGGUAUAUGUAAGCGUUUAAAAUUUUUCUUUUCGUUUUCUUAAUAAUAGGAAAUGAUUGCAAAAAAACGUAACAAAGAUGGGGAAGUUUCCGACACUAACGAUUUCAUUUAUAUCGGACUUUUUUUUUGUUUUUAAUUGUGUUAAAAAAAAUGGUAAAUACCCGAUGUUCGUAUGGAAUACUUACAUUAGUUUUUUUUAUACGUGGUAAAAGUUUCGUAACAAUCCGGCAAUUUUUCAGUUAUUUAUAGGCGUUUAACAUUUUCGAGUUUUUUAGGUUUUAUUUGAUAAAUUAGGUUGGUAGGUAUUUCGUGGGGAUAAAUAGCCUAGCCUAUAUUGUGUUAUUUCUGAUCUAGACUCUAGAACUACACAUCUAUAGCAAAUUUCAACUCAAUUCGUUCAGCAGUUUCGGCGUGAAGAUAGGUAACAAACAUCCAUCCAAAUGAACUUUCGCAUAUUUUAAAUAAUAUUAAUAAAAUGUUUAUAAUAUUCAAUUGGGGACCUAUUUUUCUAAUAAUCAAAAUAACCUAUGAAUGGACGAUUGUAUACUCCGCCAGGAUGUCGGUUAGAUGACAAGGUAAUGAAAAGGUCUAAUGACGUAAACUCUGCCAGUUUUAUUUCUUACUUGUUAUAGGUAAAUUGCUAUAAUUGUCAAUUUAUAUUGGUUUAAUACGUCGAAUCGAUUAAUUUAUUAAUACUUAAAAAUAAAUUAUUAUUAUAAUUUUUUUUUUUUUUAGACAAAAAUAAAAAUAAUUUUACUAUGAUAAUAUUAGUAUACAGUUAGGUUAGUAAUUUUGUAUUUUUAACAAACGUUUUAUUUGUAAGUUUUAUGUAUAUUUUGGCAUAUUAGGCGCAACCAUUAUUACAUUGUGGACGAUUAUUAAUUAUGAUUAUGAAAAUUAUGAUUUUUUUUUUUUUUUUUAAUUAUAUUAAUUUUAUACUGUUACUUGAUUUUCUUCUACUGGUGGAGUUUACUGGUGAACUCAAUUUUACCUGAUUUUUUUUUUUGGCGGAGAUUACAUUAAAAAAAGAACUCGUAACGGAGUUUGCAUGCGCCCAUAUGGAUGUGGUCUGCGCACAUUUACAUACAAUUCUAAAUACGGAAUAAUUUGUUUUUAUUUAUUUAUACGGAAUAAUAAAUAUACAAUAUUAAUUAUUAUUAAUAUUGUAUAUUUAUAUUAAUAUAUUAUGUUAUAAACUAUUAUAAUAUGUUAAACUAUUCUUUGAUGGGCGCUUUCAAAUAGUUUAUAUAGUAUCGAUAGUUUGGACGAACUAUCCGAUAGUUAAAUGAUUCAAAUAGUUUUCAAUCUAUUCGAACUGUCGAAUAUUGUUCGAUACCAAAACUGUUCGAUUGUGCCGGUCACUGCAAAUUAUUAGUAACUGCAGUUUUGUUAUGCGAUUAUUUCAUACGUCACGGCCGUGCUUAAUAUAAUAACACGCACAUGUUUAUGUUUUCAGUGUUUAGAUUAUCUACCGGUCUAGACGUCUCCACCGCCGUCAUAAUUAUCAUAUUAUAUAAUUUUAAUAGUAUAGCGACGACAAACAGGAGGCACCAUUGGAACGCGCGUGUCGAUACAUAUCGCUUGAUAAUUAUUAUCGCGUUGUAAAAACUUUAAAAUAUUGUUACAAUAAUAAUAAUUGAUUAAUAAACAUUAUAAUAAUACUUAGUU